AAAGGGGGGCUGCUCGGGAGAGCGUCGUGGGUGCGCAGGCGUCCUCGCUUAUCGGUGGGGAAGCGGAGCUGCUGCCAGCUGACUCGGCCAUGUCGGUGCAGGAAGACCCGGUCCAGCGCGAGAUUCACCAGGACUGGGCGAACCGCGAGUACAUCGAACUGAUCACCAGCUCCAUUAAGAAGAUCGCGGACUUCCUCAAUUCCUUCGACAUGUCCUGCCGCUCCCGCCUGGCCACACUCAAUGAGAAGUUGACGGCGCUGGAGAGACGGAUCGAAUACAUCGAGGCCCGGGUAACAAAGGGUGAAACAUUGACAUAGUGUGAAGCUGGCAAGAAGUCAACCUAGGGGAAAAAAAAGUGCAGCUGUUUAGAAAGCUGAUGAUCAGACUUCAGGUUUCUUCAUUACUUAACAUGGAUGGGAGUUAACUCAUUUUUGCCCCUUGGGAAGCUGCCUCCUCCAUUUGGAGACUUUUGUGUGGGUGAUUCCAGCUGAAACGGCUAAAUUGUACAAGAGCAUGUUUAAUUAUGUGGUUUUAUACAA